AUGAGCACCGAAAAACUUCUUACCAUCGAGCCUCAAGUGCUGAGUUUCCCAUUUGAGCUGCAUCAGCUAGCAUCUUGUUCAAUUCGGUUGUCGAAUAAUACCCAAAGCCAUGUUGCUUAUAAGGUUAUGGCCACGAGUCGUGGGAAGUAUGAUGUUAAACACAAUGUGGGAACUGUUUUGCCCAGAUCAACAUUAGAUAUCACAGUAACAAUGCAAAGGCAGACAGAGGCUCCUCCUACAAUGAAAUGUACGGACAAGUUUCUGAUUCAGAGUGCAGUUGCAAGUCCUGAGGCAACCAUCGAUGACAUUAGAAGAUUGUUCAUGACAGCCAGACAUCGUAUUCAAAAGUGCAAACUGGAAGUGGUCUACAUUUUACCACCUCAAGUUCCACCAGCAGUUCCUGACGGACUAGUUACAGCGGGGCAUGAUAGAAAUGGAAAUAAUGGUGGUAGUGUAAUCUUGAGGUGGAUUAUCAUUGGCUUGUUUGGUUUAAUUAUCUGGUACCUCAUCCAAAUGGCGAUGCCUCUCAUCUGGAGUGUGGUAAUUUUUAUGAUGAUGCUGGUGAUGAAGAUGGUGAACAAGAUGGCGUCGGAUUCUAUUGAAGAUUGGAUUGUAAAGGCUCUCUGUUAUGCUUUCGGCUAUCUUUUUCUUGGGCGACGAUAG